AUGGGUAACAAAUCAUUCGUUCAAAGCAUCGAAGACGAACAAUCUGUAAGCACAUAUAAUGAUAAAAAUAAAGAAAGUAUAAUACUUAUUUGGUUUGAUCCAAAUAUUGGAUUAAGUGAAGAUACUGAAAAAACAAAACAACAACUUUGUCUUAUUAUUGAUUAUGUCAGUUUUUCUUCUGACCUUGAACAAUGUAUUACAUUUAUUCAAUCAAUUAAUAAAGAAAAAAUUUUUUUAAUUACAUCAGGAGCAAAAGCAUCAGAAAUUUUAUCUCGAGUUUCUUCUUUUGAUCAAAUUGAUUCAAUUUUUAUCUUUUCUAUGGAAAAAGAGCAAUAUAAUUAUGUAAUAAAUGAUUGCAGAAAAACUAUUGGAAUUUAUAUGAAUCUUGAUGAUUUAUGUAAAUCAAUAAAAGAACAAAUUGAUCUUGUUGAUAGACAAAUUCAAACAUUUUCCUUUUUUGAUCAACAUCAACUGCUGACUGAAGAUUUAUCGAAAGAAUCAGCAGAAUUUCUUUGGUUUCAAUUAUUCAAUUAUGUUAUUGCGCAGCUUCCACGAGAUCAACAAGCUAAACAACAAAUGAUUCAAAUAUGUAAAGACUAUUAUCGUGAAAAUACAAAAGAAACGGAAAUAAUUCAUGAGUUUGAAACAAAUUAUCGAUCAAAAGAUGCAAUUCUUUGGUAUUCAAAACAUUCAUUUGCAUAUAGAUUACUUAAUAAAGCUUUAAGAACCAAAGAUAUUGAUUUAUUAUAUAAAUUUCGACUUUUUAUUGGUCAUUUAUCGGAAAAUCUUCAACGUGAACAUGAAAAGAUUUUAUUAUCAAAAGAAAAAACCUUAAAUGUUUAUCGAGGGAUUAAACUUGGCGAAGAAGAAUUCAAUAAACUAAAAGAAAAUCAAGGUCAACCUAUUUCAAUAAAUGGAUAUUUAUCAACUAGUCGUCUAAGAUCAUAUGCAUUAGGUUGUGCACAUAAACGAACAAAAAGAACUGAUGUUGUUUCUGUUCUUUUCCAUAUUCAAUGUGAUAUUCAACAAAUUGAUAACAACAUUAGUUUUGCCGAUAUUGAUCAAUAUAGUGAUUAUCCAUUGGAGCAAGAAGUCUUAUUUGAUUUAAAUGCUUGUUUUCAAAUUGAAUCUAUUGAAGAAAUUGAAUCAUUAAAAAUAAUUAAAAUGAAUCUUUCGAAUAAAGGUCAAAAUAUUACUAAAGAUUUUAUUGAAUUAACACAAAAAGAAACAGAAGGAAUGACUAUUUUCAUUAUUUUUGGAAGACUUUUGUGUGAUCUAGGUGAAUAUGAUAAAUCACAAAAAUAUUUUCAACAAUUAUUCAAUGAUUCAAAUGGUGAAGAUCUUGCAUGGAUUGAAUUUAAUAUCGGUCGAACUCUUGAUUAUAAAGGUAAAUGGAAUGAAGCUCGAGAAUAUUAUGAUCGUGCAUAUGAUCGAAUGAUGAAGAAUAAACCAGCACGAAUUAAAGAUUCUGCUCGUAUUCUCAAUAAUAUUGGUGUUAUUCUCGAUAAUCAAGGAAAAUAUGAUGAAGCUCUUGAUUAUUAUCAACGAGUAUUGAAAAUUCGAGAAGAAUUGUAUUCAUUUGAUUAUGCAGAUAUUGCUACAAGCCUUGAAAAUAUUGGUAUUAUUUUCUGUAAGCAAGAAAAGUACAAUGAAGCUCUUGAUUAUCAUAAACAAGUAUUAGAAAUUCAACAGAAACUCUAUCCAUCUAGUCAUAUCAAUAUUGCUACAAGUCUAAACUACAUUGGCACUAUUCUCUGUAAUCAAGGGCAAUACGAUGAAGCCCUUGAUUAUCAUCAACAAGCGUUGAAAAUUCAACAGAAAUUCUAUCCAUCUGGUCAUGUUAAAAUGGCUUAUAGCCUUCACAACAUUGGUGCUAUUCUCUAUGAUCGAGAAAAGUAUGAUGAAGCUCUCUAUUAUUAUCAACAAACUUUGAAAAUUCAGGAGAAAUUCUAUCCAUCUGAUCAUGUCGAUAUUGCAACAAGUCUCGAAAAUAUUGGUAUUAUUUUCUGUAAGCAAGAAAAGUACGAUGAAGCUCUUGAUUAUCAUAAACGAGUAUUAGAAAUUCAACAGAAACUUUAUCCAUCUAGUCAUAUCAAUAUUGCUACAAGCCUUAACUACAUUGGUAUCAUUCUUCGCAAUCAAAGACAAUAUGACGAAGCCUUUGAUUAUAAUCAACGAGCAUUGAAAAUUCAACAGAAACUUUAUCCAUCUAGUUAUGUUACAAUGGCUUGUAGCCUCAGCAACAUUGGUGCUAUUCUCUAUGAUCAAGAAAAGUAUGAUGAUGCUCUCGAUUAUUUUCAACAAGCAUUGAAAAUUCGAGAGAAAUUUUAUCCAUCUGAUCACGUCAUCAUUGCUACAAGUCUCAACAACAUUGGUAUGGUUCUCCGUAAUGAAAGAAAAUAUGAUGAAGCUCUCGAUUAUCAUAAACGAGCAUUGGAAAUUCUACAAAAGUUGUAUCCAACUGGUCAUGUCGAUAUCGCUCAAAGCUUUAACAACAUUGGUGAGAUUCAGUAUUGCCAAGAAAAGUAUGAUGUCGCUCUCUAUUAUUAUCAACAAUCAUUGAAAAUUCUAGAGAACUUUUAUCCAACUGGUCAUAUCGACAUUGCUGGAAGUCUCAACAAAAUUGGUAUUGUUCUCAAUAUUCAAGGAAAGUAUGUUGAAGCUCUUGAUUAUCACGGGGAAGCAUUGAAAAUUGAGAAAACAUUUUAUCCGUCUGGUCGUUUCAAUGUUGCAAGAAUUCUCAACAACAUUGGUAGUAUUCUUCGUAAUCAAGGGAAGUACGGUGAAGCUCUAAAUUAUCAUCAAAGCGCAUUCAAAGUUCAAAAAAAAUUUUAUCCAUUAGGUCAUAUCGAUAUUGCUCAUAGCUUUAAGAACAUUGGUGACACUCAUUUUGAUCAAGAAAAAUAUGAUAUAGCUCUCUAUUAUUAUCAACAAACUUUGAGAAUUCGAGAGAAAUUCUAUCCAUCUAGUCAUGUUGGUAUUGCCUUCAGCUUGAAUGAUAUUGGCCUUUGUUAUGAAAACCAAAACAAACACAACGUGGCACUUGACUAUUAUCAGCAUGCAUUGACUAUUUAUGAGAGAUUUCUUCCUGUUGACGAUCUACGUCGUCAUGGAACCAGACAAAAAAUUCUUGAACUUACUGGAAAAAAUUAA